CCCCGCUCUCCCUGCCCCUUCCCCAGCUGCUGCUGGUUCCAGGGCCCUUUCCAUGACGGCUUCGGGGCCGAUAAGCAAGCAAGCAAGCACGUCCUUUGUUUCGCAUCGCAUCACAUCACCCAUGUGUGUGUCUCUCUCCUGAGAGCAUCUCUCCAUCACCAGCUCCAUCGCUCCUUCUCCCCCCCGCCACGCGUCCGUUGCGCUGAACAAUCCUCUCACUCCAUGACUGCGCGUCUCGACUUUCAGCCCACCUAGAUGUCGACCGCCCUCAGCUACAAUGAGACCUAUGGCCGGCGAUAGCGCCUUCGGGCGCCCCCGCAUCACCACUCGUGAAGAUGAUGUCCAUCAUCCUCCUGCAUCGUCCGCUUCAAGCAGUCACAUGUCCUUCGUCUUUGCCGAUGAGGCUUCUGUAGAUUCAUACAUCGACCAGUCCCAGUCCGCCGCUCGUUCCUUCUUCCGCGAUCCUCGGAAGCACCGUGACCCGACAACUUCUCAGGCUGUCCGUGGUGAUGACAAGAACCACGACAGUCGCUCGAGGCCGACUUCGCAACACCAGCGUCCUCCGAGUCGCGAUGCCGCAGGCCCGGCACAUUCGCCAGUCUCUCGUCAUUCGGCCUUUACAUGCAGCCCGGCCUCUUUCGGCACCUUCAAUCAGACUGAGCUUUCGCGUCCUAUCACACCCAUCAUGCUAGGGCCAUCCAUCUCCGGCAGUUCAAUCAUCAGUAGUCCAUCAUCGAGACGAAACUCGCUUGGCGGAUCCAUCUCCGAACACGCUCUAUCUGAGGACGGAGAGCAGGAGACACCUGGCGAACACAAUUCUUCAAAGCUCGCGGGUGGCGCUGGCGCUCCUCAACUCGUGAUGCCCAGCAUCGAAAUGCCGGCGCGAAGACGUUUUACAGAAACGGGCAAGAACCUUGGCCGGCUCAAAAUCCUCCUCGCUGGCGACUCAGGCAUCGGCAAAACGUCACUGAUCAAAUCGAUCGCGCAAGCCUGCCAACAUAUCGUUCAUGUUGACCCCAUCAUAGCCCAUCCCCAACUACUAAGAAGACAUUCCGGCGCGACCGAGUCGGAUCACCUGCGUCCGACAACAGGCAUAGUUGAGAUCUUAGCAAGCACAAAGCCGUACCCCGAAUGGUGGGCCGAGGUCAAUGUCAGCUCUUCCGGUAGACGCAAAAGCCUUGGCGACGGUGUUCUUGACCGCAAUAUAUGCUUUGUGGACACUCCAGGUUAUGGACGAGGCUCAUCGUCCAUGGAAAUGAUUGUGUCGUGUGUGGACUAUGUCGAGGCUCACCUGAACAAGAUGGCUUCGGAGUCCAUGAGUGAGUCGGAGCUGCUCAAUAUGCUUGGCGGGGCUGGAGGUUGUCAGACCGAUGUUGUACUCUACAUGAUCGCGCAGAAACUCAAACCAGCGGAUCUGGAGUACAUGCGACGCCUAAGCCGACUUACCAACGUCAUUCCUAUUCUCUCGCGUGUAGACACCAUGUCUUCACAGCAAAUCAAGAGCUGUAAGGAGCAGAUCUCGUGCCAGCUGCAGGAUGCCGGAAUCCAGACCUUUAGCUUUGAUCGCUUUCCCACAUCUCCCAACGCUCCAACGUCGCCCUAUGCAGUGUCGAGCGCGAAAGGAUCCGAUCAUGAUAUCAUGGACGCGAGUGUUUUGAUGAGUUCGAACUAUGCGCAACCUUUGAUAGGCACAGAUCUGCUGUAUGUGGUGGACAAGCUCUUUAGUCUCGAGGGCGUGUCUUGGCUGCGUCACGCGGCGGGACGAAAAUAUCUCGACUGGAUAUCCACAGAUUCGCCUCGGCCCCGCCACCUGUACAAGCCUUUGGAAACACCAGGUCCCUCAGUCUCGAACGCGCUGGUCAGAUACACAACCCAACUGGGAGGUUUGCGCCGAGCCUCAAGGCCGGAGGCUGACAGUUCAGGAUUCCGAUUUGAUGGAGGCACACGGCUGUAUGUUGCAGACUGGGCCGCCGAUCUUCAGCGAAGUCUCGCAGCCGAAAGGGAGCAGGACUCGGCCAUGCGUCAAUUCUAUGACGAACUCGAUGGCAAAGCUGACCGUGCCAUGGUCGCAACUCAUGGUGACAGAAGUCGUAGCUGCGUACAGCGACGAAGACAAUAUGGCAGUGUCAGACAGAAGCCUGCUAAGAGAACCAGAAUCCAGCAGGACCCAUUGGGGCUACUGCAGGUGUCGGCAGAUCUCAAGGCGACAAGCUGGGUGGCGCUGGAGGUAUUGGGAAGCCUAGGAAUCCUGGGAGGUCUGGCAUUCUGGCUCUCGAGACAACACUGGCAUAGCGAGCCGGUGCUGUUGGUGGAUGACUGGGCGAGGUUCUGGGGUAUGGAGUUUUGAUUUCGAAGUAUGGCGUUCCGGCAGCGGUAUUGACUUGACGUAUACCAAUUGCUUCAAUGUAAGCGUGUGCGAUGGAAGCGACCUUCGUAGCGAGAAGGAUACUUUGUGCCGGGUUGCGGUCUUGAGUGCCCCAGAACGUGACGUACUUGGUUGCUGUUGUCGAAGCAAAAAAUCCAGAGUGAUUUUGUAGAUCUCGACGGACCAAAUUCUUGGGCCCAUACAUGG